CGCGCGGAAUCGCUUCAGUCAAACAGUAACCUCAAACGUAGUCACAACGCAAACAUGUCACCAACAUCGAGCUCACCCUUUACCGUCUCCAGUUCUAUAGUGUUGCGCACAGCCGUCUUCCUUGUCAUCGCCGUCGUCGUCGACCAGCGGCAGCAGCUGACCAGCGCAUUCAAACUCAUCCAACCGUGGUCCGAUGAGCAACCGAUCUGUAGCAGCCAGAAUCAGAAGCUCCUGUCGCUGUUCAAUUUGCUCUGCAAUAGCACCCAAACCGUAUCGAUAACGACACGAGAUGCCUGCUACGGAUGUUUCUUUCGGGCUGGGGUCCUACCCUCCGGACAAACGCAACUGUUGGCGAUCAGCCAAUGUGCGACGUUGUAUCUGACCAAUAGCAGCUACGGGGUGUGCGCUUCCGGAUUGGCGGCCAUCGCAACCGGACUUCGGCCGACGACGGCCCCCAUCGUGGGAACCAACUGCUACACCGGUUACUGCGAGUUCGUGCAGUGCGUUCGCCGAAUCAACGCCAACAACCUGAUCGAUCAGUGUAUCCUGCAGACGCUUAACAACCGGGAUCUUAACCAGCAGGUGCAACGAAUAGCUUUCUACACGAACGCCACGUCCUGUAUUCUGGCGAGGGCACGCUGCAAUACGUACAACCCAAUCACCGGCGAGCUGCAGACUCCCGGUGGAUUCAGCAAUCCACUGGGCGUACGGAGUUCGGAUUUUCUGUCCAACUCGCUGCAGAUUUCGCCGCGGGGAGAUAUCCGGAUAAUUUCCUUCGCCACCAGGGUUGUCGUGGCUGAUCUCUUCUGUUCCAGCCGAUCCGUGCUCGAUCAGUCCACGUAUGGAGAUGCGGUGUGCUAGUUAUUAGGGGGGCCGUAGCCAAGGGAGGGUCAUCGGAAAU